AUGGACCCUCCGACCAAGAAAGAUGGGCCUGAUGGCUCAUCCCUUGUGAGUGUCUAUCCCGUCUGCGGAGGUCCCUCUUCUCCGGAUCCGGACCCGGCCGCCGGCCUCUAUAGGCGUCGGACACCGGAUACCAAACCAGUCUCGUCGCUCCUGGCGAAAUUCGAAAACAUGAACAAGACUGGCGACACCCAGCAACCAUCCAGUUCCAAUGCCAGAACGACAUCCCCUGCGCCCCAGCCCGACCGGCUACGGGACCCGAGUCCUUCAGGGGCACGCGAACCCCCCGCCAUCCCGACAAGACCCAAGGACAGGCCGAAUAUUCCGAGUUUACAGCCGCAGUACACUGGUGUCAGUGUUGCUAGUGCUGGCUAUUCUAGCUCGCCAAUCCGUUCCGUGCCUCCGCCGAUAUCCUCGUUAGGUCCUCGGCCGGCGCAGCCUCCUUCUCUCAACGUCCAACCGCCCCAAUCACCACCGAGCCGCAAUGUUGAUGGAGUGGCAGUCGGGGAGCGCCCUUCGUUUCUACAGACCGAUUCGCUCGUUAAGGCUGCGUCGCCUGCCACCGCUAGCAACCAAUUCAAGAUUCCGAGCCGCCCUAUUACACCGGCUACCUCCGAUCCGCAAAGAUCGCCUCGACUUGCCGCUACACAACCUCCGUCCCCUCCCCCUCCUCGACGAUCGGGCGAACUACAGAGGCCCCGGGACCUUGAAAAGCCCAAACCGGUCCCGCCGCCCGUCAACAGGGCGGAAAAGCCGGUAAUUCCUUCGCGGGCCUCGGUUCAGAUCGAGAGAAGCCAAGCCUUGGAUAUCAAAACCCGUACUCCGGAAAGAAUCUCGCCUUUCAACAGUCCGCCUAGCAGCAAUGGCACGCCUGACGAUGAUGAUUCUCCGCCGAUGCUACCUGCGCGACCAAGGGCGCAGCAACAGAGGGAACCAGACCCGGAGGGACUGCGGAGGUCGCGGACGUUCCACGUGGGCUUUGUACCACCGCCCCUUCAUCCUUCUGUAGCGCGACAAAGGCGGGGCAGGGAAGAGGAAAACGGCAGUGUUAGGGGCCCAUUAACGCCACAUUUGACAGGCGGGAACCAGCCACCGGCACUCCCAGCUCGCCCCCAUAGCAUCAUAGAGACCAGCCGCACCCUCAAUGGGAUGAUGAUGAUGGCGCCGCCACCGCGCCCUCCAAGACCGGGUGUUAACACAAACUUGGAUCCAAACCCUCCCGGCAGCAUAUCGCAAAAACGAAUAGUGUCGACACCAACUCAGUAUCAGCCUUCGAUUCCCUCCAGAACUCAUGUUAGGUCCAUGACUGUAGAUAGGACAUCGAAUCGCGUUCCCAACGAAUUCCGCGCACCGCCGGCCCCAGUUAGCGCUCCCACCCACGACCGCAUCCCCGAACGCAUCCCUGAACGCAUUCCCGAAGCGGUCCCAGUUCCUUCAUCCAGGAUAGCCAACCCCGGGCCAACCGUUAUGAUGGCAUAUCCUGACGCAACGAACACAAACCGGAGCAAACCCUACAUCAGCAAGGGCGUCCAUGAGAUUUACACCAAGUACGACACUAGAAUGCUCGAUGUAUGCGGUGAACUCGUAUGCACCACUGGCGGCUUUACACGCGUGUGGAGCUUACUUGAUGGCGAACUACUUAUGAGCCUGUCCAUGGGUGAAGGGCAGAAGGGAACCGCGGUCGUGUUCAAGCCAGGGGCCCACGUCGACGACGAAGGCACAAAGGUGUGGAUCGGCAACAAUGUUGGAGAGUUGCUGGAGGCGGAUAUCGGCACACAGAGAAUCACGGACAGUUUACCAAAUGCGCAUGGCCGGUAUGAGAUAAUAAGGAUAUACAGGCAUUUUAACGAAGUAUGGACAUUGGACGAAAGCGGAGCCCUCAAUGUCUGGGGCCCGGACGAGAGCCAUACCCCGACCCUCUCCAGCGGACCCAGCCAGUCGUUCCGAGUACCUAGAGGUCACACUUUCUCGAUGGUAGUGGGAGACGAGCUAUGGUACGCGACAGGCAAGGACAUUCGGAUCUUCAAACCCACUGUGGACGGGAAGACCCAGUUCCAGGUCCUUUUAAGGGCCUUAAGUCAGCCAGAUACUGGCGAGGUGAUAUCAGGAACGUUGCUGGCGUCUGACCCGGAUAGUGUCUACUUCGGCCAUAGUGACGGGAAAGUCAGCGUCUACUCCAGGAAAGACUAUACAUGCCAGUGUAUAAUGAAUGUCAGCCAGUACAAGAUCAACUCACUCGCCGCAGCCGGUUCGUACCUAUGGGCUGGGUACAAUAACGGCAAAGUAGCUGUCUACGACGUGACACAAACACCGUGGACUGUCAAGAAGGAAUGGUCAGCCCACGAAAACCCCGUCAUCAAGUUGAUCGCUGAUCGCUCGAGCUCCUACAAGCUUGACCGAUACCAGGUUGUCUCUCUUGGAGCAGAUAAUAUGGUACGAACCUGGGACGCCCUCUUACAGGAGGACUGGCUCGAGGGCGAAAUGAAGAGGAAAGACGUGGAAUACUGCGAAUUCCAGAAUCUGAAGGUGUUGAUCAUGACGUGGAACGCGGGCGCUUCGACUCCUCACAGUCUUCGAUACUCCGAGUCGGACGCCCAUUUCUUCAGGGAUCUUCUUCAGUCCGCCGACUCUCCCGACAUCAUUAUCUUUGGAUUCCAGGAACUGGUGGAUUUGGAGGACAAGACGGCCACAGCAAAGCGAUUCCUGAAACCCAAGAAGAAGGAAGGGUCAGAUCAAGAGCGGAUGAGCCACCAAUAUCGCGAUUGGCGUGACUUCCUCAUUCGCAAUCUGGAUGAUUACAUGCAGGGCGACUUCAAUCUCAGCAGCAACGAGGUCAAGCGCGGACUGGGCGGUCUGCAUGGCAACAAAGGCGCCAUCGUGGUGCGCUUUCUGGUCGACGACACUUCGCUCUGUUUCAUCAACUGCCAUUUGGCUGCGGGUCAAUCAGGCGCCAACCAGCGGCAUAACGACGUAGCCGCGAUCCUUGAUGCCAACGUCUUCCCAUCCGAGCGUGACCCCGCUGUGCGUAUCGACAGUUAUGUCGGCGGUGGUGACGGCACCAUGAUCCUGGACCACGAACUAUGCGUGCUCAACGGCGAUCUCAACUACCGUAUUGACACCAUGAGCCGCGACACGGUAGUAACGGCAGUCAAGCAGGGCAACCUCAUAAAACUGCUCGAGCGUGACCAGUUACUUGUGGCCAAGAGGAGGAACCCCGGGUUCCGGCUGAGAGCUUUCGACGAGCUUCCGAUCACGUUCGCGCCAACGUACAAAUACGAUGUGGGAACGGAUAACUACGAUUCAAGUGAAAAGAAGCGUAGUCCGGCCUGGUGCGACAGACUCUUGUACCGCGGCAGGGGCAGGAUAGAACAAUUGGACUACAAGAGACACGAGGUGCGGGUGUCGGAUCACAGGCCGGUAAGCGGCAGGUUUAGGUUCUUGGUCAAGAGGAUCGAUCCUACGAGGAGGGCCAAGGCUUGGAUGGAGUGUCACCAACUGUGGGAGGACUUGAGGGCUAAGGAGGCACAUGCUGAGAAAUACUACUACCUUACCCAAGUCAUUGGGUAUGACGAUGCCACUUCUGAGCGACUGAUUAAGGAACAGGCCUCAAGAAAGCAGAUGAACCGCAGCCCUGGUCGACGUCAGGCGUAG